AGUGGGGUCACAGAGAAUGUGAGAGGUGUCACGAUGCAGGUGAAGAGACAGUGGGAGUCGGCCGUAGACCCUGAGUACCAUGAGGUCUUCAACAGACUGCUUGAGGAUACCGUUGUUCAAAGAUUCCUGGCUUGGGAUAAAAAGCUGAGGGUAUCUGACAAGUAUCUUCUGUCCAUUGUAAUUGCUUAUUUUAGCCGGGCUGGCUUCUUCUCCUGGCAGUACCAGCGGAUUCAUUUCUUCCUAGCUCUUUACCUGGCCAAUGAUAUGGAGGAGGACAACCAGGCCCCUAAACAAGCCAUAUUUUCCUUCCUCUAUGGGAAGAGCCGCAUUCAGCUCCCCAUGUUCCACAAGCUACGCUUCCAGUUCAUUCGCUCCAUGUACUGGAAGACUCAGGUUUCUCCAGAUGAGUGUGAGGAGAUCCAGGCUUAUGAUCCGGAACACUGGGCAUGGGGGCGAGAUCGCACUCUCAUUCCCUAG